UUAUUAUUAUUAUUGUUACUAUUAUAUUAUAUCCGUCGCCGACCGCGUUUUUUUUCGCCGUUUUUCGUACCCGCUCGCCCUACUGUACACACGACGACGGCGAUCGCGACGCGCCGUCGCGGCCUGCGCCUGGGCCGACGCUGCCACCGCCGCCGCCGCCGCCGGGUUUCCCGUCGCCCGCGUCAUACCCGUAUUAUACGGCGUACGCGCGCGAGCGUUAUCUGAUGAUUCGCGUUUCUCUCUGUGAACCGCCGCCGCCGCUGCCGCCGCCAAUAAUAUAUCCUCGUGGUGUGGGUGCCGCCGACGGUAUUCACAUUUUCUGCUUCGCUGCAGUGACCGUCUCCGCAGCUGCCGUCUCGGCCAUCGCUCUCUCCGCCACCGCGAGUACCUGAUACCAUAAAUAUUAUGUUAUUAUUACCGUUACCGUAAUACCGCAUUCGCGGCCCGUCCGAGUGCGCGUUGGCCGACCACGAAAACAUAUAUUACUAUUUGAUAUUUGUACGCUGCAAAGUCGACGUCCGUCGUCGCCGUGGUCGUCGUCGCGGCCGCAGCAGCCGUCUCCAUAGUAGUCUGUACAGUGCGAAUCGUGCGCGCGCGCACAGUCCGUCGUCGUAGGUGGAUGAGCGCGCACGGACGGCGCGUAUUCCCGCCGCCGCCGCCGCAUUGACAAACAAACAAGGAUACCGUGGUCAUGUUCUGUACGUGGAUAUGCUGAAGGAUAUUCACAGUCCAGGAUUGGCUGCCGAUCCGGAGGACGGCAGCAACGGAGCUUGUUGCGCCGGUUGCGGUAGAUCGAUAGACGACCGUUUCUACCUGUCCGCUGUGGAUAUGUGUUGGCACAUAGGGUGUUUGCAAUGUGCCGAAUGUAAACUGCCACUGGACACGGAACUUACGUGUUACUCUAGGCACGGCAACAUCUACUGCAAACAAGACUAUUACAGGCUGUUCUCGAUAAAACGCUGCGCCCGGUGUCAGGGCGGUAUCGGCGCUUGCGACCUGGUGAUGAGGGCCAAGGACCUCGUGUAUCACGUGGAGUGUUUUGCGUGUUACGCGUGCGGUGCGGUCCUGUGCAAGGGCGACUAUUACGGGGUGCGGGACGGUGCGGUUUUCUGCCGCCCUGACUACGAGCGGCUCAAGCACAGGGACAUGGCGUGCGAUCUGGAGCCCAUGUGCAGUCCCCCCCGGGCGGCCGGCCACCACUGGCCAUCGGCGCACAAGGGUCGGCCCCGGAAGAAGAGGAACGUCCAACUGCUGUCGUCGCCCAUGACGACGGCCGAUUGCAACGGGCUCACGGAGCUCAACGUGCUCAGGAUACCGCAGUCGACAUUGGAAGUCAUGCAAGCCACCGACCUAUCUUCUUCGAUGGAAUCGCUGACUUACGAAACGUCCAGCCUGUCCUCACCAACAAACUCCUCGACGAUGGGCACCACCGGUGGCAUGUCACAGCAGCAACAUCAACAAGCACGAACGAAGCGCAUGCGGACGUCAUUCAAACACCACCAGCUGCGUACAAUGAAGUCGUACUUCAACAUCAACCAAAACCCAGACGCCAAGGACUUGAAACAGCUGGCUCAAAAGACAGGACUGUCCAAACGAGUGUUACAGGUUUGGUUUCAAAACGCCCGAGCAAAGUGGAGAAGAAACAUUAUGAGGCAAGAGAACAACCAAAUGGUGACCAGUUCCAUGUCGAACCAGAACCAGAGUGCGCCGUCCGACCCCGAUCUCAUCAGGGGACACACCCAGACAUCGCAGGGUUUAAACUUUGUUGAUCUCUUUUGAUUUCACAUUCAUAAAAUCCUGGUGACGAUACAUGGCAGUGUCCACCUACGAACGGACGUAUAUAUAUUAUAAUGUUACAUAUUUACAAUUAAUCGUCUUCACUCGAAUAUUAUACACAGGAGAACGAUAAAUCAAUAAAUAUAUCAUACUACCAUAUUCUUACAAAAUUAUUUGUGCCGUGUCAUAUAUAAUA